AUGAAAUGUAAAUACGGAUAUUAUAAUCCAUCGUCAUGUACAAAAUGUCCAAAAGGAUGUUUAUCAUGUUAUGGAACAAUAGAAAAUGUUAUAUGUCUUGAAUGUGAUAAUCAAAAUAAUUUAACUUUAUGGUUAAUUGACGGUCAAUGUAAAAGUCAGAAUCAAAUAUUUUUAUUAAAUAAUUCAUUAAAAAUAAAAGAACAUCAAAACUUAGAUAAAUGUAGUAUUAAUCAAAAAGGUAUUUGUAUUAGAUGUUCUGAUGGAUAUUAUGAAUUUAAUUCAAAUUGUUUUCCUUGUAAUUCAAAUUGUUCAAGCUGUUUAACUACAUCAACACAAUGUUUAUCUUGUUCUGACCCUACUAAAAUUGUAAGUAAUUAUGAAUGUGUUUCUGAUGAAGAAUUCUCUAAAUCUUGUAAACAACAAACAUUAAGUAAAGUUGGAUGUGCUAUUUGUAAUGAUGGGUAUUAUAGAAAAGGAACAUCAUGUCCAAAAUGUCCAAAAACAAUGGAAUUAUGUGAAAGAGAAGAUUUACCAAUAAAAUGUAAUGUUGGAUAUUUUAUGUAUCAUUCUAAAGAAUGUAGACCAAAAACUGAAUUAACAAAUUGUGUUACAAUUGAUUCAAUAGGUUGUAGUAAAUGUUUAGAUGGAUAUUAUGUUUACGACUCUUAUUGUUUUAAUUGUCCAGAUAAUUGUUAUUCAUGUAGUAAUAGUAAUACAUGUAAAUUAUGUUUUGAUGGGUUUGUAUUAAAUGGAUUAAAGUGUGUAUCUUAUAAAACAAUAGAACAUUGUGAAUCUUCUUCAAACAAUGUUUGUACUUCAUGUUCAAGAGGUUUUAUAAUAAAAGGAAAUAUUUGUGAAAGAAAGUCUAUGUGGUGGAUAAGUUUAAUUGUUAUUCCAAUAUUCAUAUUAAUAAUUGUUAUGAUUUAUUUCAUACUUACAUUAAUUUCAAAAAAAAUAAUUAGACUAAAACAAGAUAAUACUUUAAAUUUAAAAGAGUUAUUCUCCUCAGAACAUUUUCAAGAAGUUCUUCCUGGUAUAUUAGUGACAAAUAAUAAAUUUACAUUAGUUGGAGAUGAAUAUAUUCCAGUAAAUGAAACUACUACUUUAAAAUUAAUAAUUGCUAAUCAUGGCAAACAUAAAGUUAAGAUUCAAUCAUCUCAUAUCCCUUCCAAAAAAUAUCAAUUUACUAUUCAACCAAAUUUAGUCUUUUUAAGACAAAAUAAAGCUAUUGAAGUUACUAUGGAUAUUACACCUAUUUGUUCUACUACUAUAUUACAACAAAUUAGAUUUUCUGUAUAUAAUUUUAAAUUUAAUAAAGAAAUGGAAUUUUAUGUGGAUAUUAAUAUUGAAACUGAACAGACAUGUAUAUUAGAUCCAGACGAACUUAUUCAAAAGAAAAAAAUUGGAGAAGGAACUUUUGGUGUUGUUUAUAAAGGUGAAUUUAAAGGAAAUAGUGUUGCUAUUAAAAGAAUGAAACCAAAAAUUAAUGAUAAUAGUUCUGAAAUAGAAUUUAGAAAAGAGGUAGAAAUGUUAGAAAAAUUUAGAUGUAAUUAUAUUAUUCAUUUCUAUGGAGCAGUAAUAAUUCAAGAUAAUAAAUGUAUGGUUACUGAAUAUGCAAAAUAUGGAUCAGUACAAAAAAUGAUUGAAUCAAAACCAUCAAAUUCACUAUCUAAAAGUAUUAAAAUAAAAAUGUUAUUAGAUAUUGCUAGAGGAAUAGAAUAUCUUCACAAUAAUGGUAUUCUACAUCGUGAUAUUAAACCUGAUAAUAUGUUAAUAACUUCCCUUGAUAAUGACAUCCCUGUUAAUGCUAAACUUACUGAUUUUGGAAGUGCUAGAAAUAUAAAUUCAUUAAUGACAAAUAUGACAUUUACAAAAGGUGUUGGAACACCUUCUUUUAUGGCUCCUGAGAUAUUAAAAAGAAAAAAAUAUAAAACAGCCGCUGAUAUUUAUUCAUUUGCUAUUAGUAUUUACUCUGUUAUGACUUGGGAAGAUCCUUAUCCUAAACAAGAAUUUGAGUAUCCUUGGGUUAUUGCCACUUUUGUAGCUUCUGGACAUAGAAGACCACAAAACAAUUUACCUGAUUAUGUCUAUAAACUUAUAUGUGAGUGUUGGUGUGAUGAACCAACUAAUAGACUAAAUAUAGAACAAACAAUAAAACAGCUUGAAAUUAUUCAAAAAUCCAUUCAAUCAAAACAUCAUUAA